GUUAUGUGGGCUUGUGUAUAACGUUACGAAGGUGAGUGAGACCGGAAAAAUGGAUGUAUUAUUUGAUACCAACAGAAGAAAGAAGCAAGUGGGAUUUAACUGCACUGUCACUGCUAUCGAGUUGCCGUGUCCCGAGCCGUUCGUCAAGGUCGGGUCCGAGUGCUUCCACCUGAGCCACUCCGAACGUGUGUUCGACGAGGCACGCGCCUUCUGCCUCGGCCUCGGGGGGGAUCUCGCCUCGCCGGCCGACGUCCUCGGCCUCAGGGACUAUGUCAUCGAUAAGGGCCAGACGCUGGCCGUGUGGGUCGGCGCCUCCGACCGGGACAUCGAGGGCAGCUGGCAGUGGUUCGACGGUUCUCCGAUCAAGGCCGAGGACUGGUACUGGAAUGCCCCGAACAAUGGCUUCGGCUUGGAACACUGCAUGGUGCUCCGACCUGACUUUGACCCGCCUCUGAAUGAUGCAGAGUGUGAUCGUCUUAAGAAGUUUGUGUGCGAGUAUGAUUUACUGAAAGGGUGAAGUGAUCGUUAUGGUGGCUGCCAUUUAUUUCUUGAUUUAUUUACCUAUAUAUACAUACUGAUAUUGCACAGAGGCGUACAAACCUUUCACGAAACACAAACUAUCCUUUUCACCAGGCGUUAGGAGGAAGGUUUACUCACUGGUAACUUUAUUUUAGAGGAGUAUACGUUCUCUUUACAAAAAAUAAUACAGUGAUCAUUGUUAAAGUAAUUUGUUAGGGUAAAGCAUAAAUGAACAGGAUUUCAGCAAUUGUGUCAUAGCUCCUUUACAACUUUGGCUUCAUAGCUGCAAAGACCUGUCCUCCAGCUCUUUGGCCAAGCAUUCCUUGUUCAAAUUUACACUCUUGCCAAGAUGUGUUUGGUGCGUUUCUGUCCAAUAAAGUGUUCUUAUAUUUUCAAAUAAUGGUAAAUUAGUAGUUUAUGAUUUGGAUAACUACAAUUACGAUAUCUAUAAUUAACGACAUAUACCUGUAUACGACCAUUCCAAAUAAAAGAUAUACGUAUGGCA